ACAACACCAUCUUCUCUUUUAUAACGAACAGUCUCUCUCUCUCUCUCUCUCUCUCUUCCAAAAACUUCGAAACUGCCUCUCUUUCACGGUUCCAGGGAAAAAAUAAAAACACCAUGCCUGAGGCUCCAAACUGCUCAUUGAAACCCACAGACCACAAUCUUGCAGAGAAGAACAAGAAGACUCUUCUGUUCAUUGAAGAUAUCACGACCAACGCUGACGAGGUUCAGAAGCGAGUUCUUUCUGAAAUCGUCUCUCGCAAUGCUAACGUAGAGUACUUGCAGAGGCACGGCCUCAAAGGUCACACUGAUCGCGAGACCUUCAAGAAAGUCAUGCCUGUGAUUGCCUACGAGGAUAUCCAAGCGGAUGUCACUCGUAUCGCCAAUGGCGACACUUCCCCAAUCCUCUGCUCAAGCCCCAUUUGUGAGUUCUUGACGAGCUCGGGCACUUCGGCAGGAGAGAGAAAAUUGAUGCCCACAAUUGAAGAGGACAUGGAGAGGAGGUCACUGUUCUAUAGCCUCUUGAUGCCGGUGAUGAGCCAAUACGUUCCUGGCCUAGACAAAGGCAAAGGAAUGUACUUUUUGUUCAUAAAAUCCGAGGCCAAGACACCUGGAGGCCUUCUGGCUCGCCCGGUACUCACUAGCUAUUACAAAAGCUCCCACUUCACAGAAAGGCCAUAUGACCCUUACACAAACUAUACCAGCCCAAACGAAACCAUCCACUGCCUUGACUCCUACCAAAGCAUGUAUACACAACUACUUUGUGGCCUCUGCCAAAACAAGGAAGUCCUAAGGGUUGGCGCAGUUUUCGCCUCCGGCUUCAUUCGCGCAAUCCGGUUCCUCGAGAAGCAUUGGGCUUCUCUUUGCAAGGAUAUUAGAACCGGAACCAUCAACGCCCAAAUUUCUGACCCCGUAGUCCGAGGGGCCGUCAUGAAGAUCCUCAAACCUGAUCCCAAGCUUGCAGAUUUCAUUGAGGUAGAGUGCGGCAAAGAUUCUUGGCAAGGAAUCAUAACUAGGUUGUGGCCAAACACCAAGUAUGUGGAUGUGAUUGUAACUGGGACCAUGUCACAGUACAUUCCAACUCUUGAUUACUAUAGCAAUGGCCUCCCCAUUGUGUGCACCAUGUACGCAUCCUCUGAAUCUUACUUCGGUGUCAACCUUAAUCCUCUUUGCAAGCCUAGUGAAGUUUCAUACACGCUCAUUCCCACCCUGUGCUAUUUCGAGUUUCUGCCUGUCAAUAGAAACAUUAAUGGGGUCAUUAACUCUCCCUCCCUGCCCGAAUCUCUCAGUGAAAAAGAACACGACGAGCUGGUGGAUCUAGUUGACGUCAAGCUUGGGGAAGAAUAUGAGCUUGUUGUUACAACUUAUUCUGGACUCUAUCGCUACAGAGUUGGAGAUGUGCUUCGAGUGGCCGGAUUCAAGAACAAGGCCCCCCAGUUCAGCUUCUUAUGCCGGAAAAAUGUGGUCCUCAGCAUUGAUUCUGAUAAGACUGAUGAAGUUGAGCUGCAAAAUGCAGUGAAAAUUGCUGUGAACCAUUUGAUGCCAUUCGAUGCAACUGUGGCUGAAUACACUAGUCACGCGGACACUACAACCAUCCCAGGCCACUAUGUUCUAUUCUGGGAAGUUAGCCUCAAUGGGCCAACCCCAAUUCCAUCCUGUGUGUUUGAGGACUGCUGCUUGACCAUGGAAGAGUCCCUCAACAGCGUGUACCGCCAAGGCCGUGUCUCGGACAAGUCGAUUGGCCCUCUAGAGAUAAAGAUUGUUGAGCCUGGGACAUUCGAUAAGCUCAUGGAUUACGCCAUUAGUUUAGGCGCGUCCAUAAACCAGUACAAGACCCCGAGGUGUGUGAAAUUUUCACCCAUUGUUGACCUCUUGAACUCGAGGGUUGUGUCAAACCACUUUAGCCCCAAAUGCCCCAAGUGGGUUCCGGGCCAUAAGCAAUGGAACAAUCAGGAUUGAAGGAAAUGAGGGACUGCGCACUAGUAGUCUUGGUAGCUUUCACGGAGAUUCACAAUAACUGUUUUUGUGAUCACGAUCUUAGGGAAAAACUAUUUAUCAUUUUUAGGUUAACCUCGUGCUUUUUAUGUUUUUUUUUUUAGUCGUUGUCUAAUAUGCAUAGACUUUGAAUCAUCCCAUGUACAAAAAUUGUUCCUGUUUCGAGGAAAGCUUCUCUUAUUUUCCUUUAGUUCCUUUCUCUAUAUAUGCCAGUCGUUUCAGGCUUCA